CUGAGCGUCUCAGUGCCAUGCUCGCUUCCGUCGUUCUCCUGUUGCUCCUCAGCGCCUCGCUGGCGCCGGCCUCUGCCGACCACGAUUGCCGCACAAUCAACGAGACACGCAUCCACGACCGCGUCGAACGGCGACAUGAGGGCGCGAAUUUCGCUCUUGCAAUGGCCGAGGGUGCCGCUGAGCGUCCCGGCAGGAGCGGGGACGCAGAAACCCGAACGACUGAGUGGCAGCCCGGCAAAGACAAAAAGAAAAAGAAGCGACACGAACAGGAGGCCGAGUACCCGGCGGAGGCGGCACGGGAGCGUGGCGAGCGGGGAAGGCGUGAAAGGAUGAGGCACCAGCAGGAGGCACAACCGGUGGCACAACCUUAUGGGUAUCAUCAGCCAAACCUGCCCCCCGUCCACCCGGUGCGCCAGCCGGUGACCCAGCCACGGCUUCCCCCUGUGACCUCGCCCCACCAGCCGCCAUCGGAGCAACCAUAUGGGUAUUAUGCGUAUCACAGUCAGCCAAACCUGCCGCCCAUUCACCCUCGCCCUAUGACCGCGCCCUACCAGCCGCCACCGGAGCAACCAUAUGGGUAUUAUCACAGUCAGCCAAACCUGCCCCCAAUCCACCCGGUGCGCCAGCCGAUGACCCAGCCACGGCUUCCCCCUGUGACCUCGCCUCACCAGCCGCCACCGGAGCCCGAAUACGAAUCGUUUACUGCCAGAAUGGCCAGACUCGCGGCCGAGGAGCAACAGGAGAAGGAGCGGAAGAAGAAGCAGAUGAAAAUGAAGAAGGCGGAGAAGGUGCCCGGCGAGAAGAGGCGCCCGGGAGGGGUGGCCUGGGAAGUGCCAACAGAGACACUUGGCCACCGGUGAGAAGAAAAUGUUCAGACAGACAAGAGCAUUGUCCUGUGAUGCUCUCUCAGGGGAAAAGAAGCAGAAGAAAAGGCGCGGCGUCGCACCAGCGAGAAGAAGGCGAAGAAGGCCAAAGCUACUCCCGAGAAAGCGCCCGUCACGACACCCAAGCAGCCGGUGCCCACUAAGGUGGCGCAACCCACCGUCGAGGUUGUGCCUCCGACCCCAAAGCCACGUUUGACGCCACCCAUGGGGCCGCCGCCGGCACCCAUGGGACCGCCAUCACCCAUACAAGCGUACAAACACGACGUAUACACAAAGGAGAAAGACCAAGUACACCUCAUUGUGCGCUGUCUGUCUGCCUCUCUCUCUCUCUCUCUGUGGCUUGCUUGCCUGGUUGCAGCCCGGGUGCGGAGGACGACGAAGACACGGAGUCCGAGGACACCGAGUCGUCGGAGGAGGUAUCCGAUGAGGAAUCGGAGGCCAGCGAAGAAGACGCAGAGGAGCCUGCGACUGUGGCCUUCACUGUCAAUGACCCUGAAGGUAGGUGUUCCACAUACGCAGUGUUGUCCGUAGUCACUCACCUGCCUGUCUGCCUCUACACACACCACACACAUACACAGGCAAGCAAUACACAUUUGACCUCCCCAAAAAGGUCAAGAUCAUCCGAGUCAAGCAACACGUGUUAGAGGACGACCGAUAUCCCGCUUCGUCCGUGGACCUCCUCAAGGACGGGCAGCGGCUUCCAGACGAGGCGACCAUGGCUGAGAGCGGUGUCAGGGACGGCGACACUCUCCAACUUGUCCUUAAGUCAGAGACUCCGGCCGCCGCGAAGAUAGGCAUCACUGUCAAUGACCCUGAAGGUAGGUGUUCCACAUACGCAGUGCCGUCCGUACUCACUCACUCACCUGUCUGUCUGCCUCUACACACACACCACACACAUACACAGGCAAGCAAUACACAUUUGACAUCGACAACACGGUCAAGAUCAUCCAGGUCAAGCAAGGCAUCGAGUCGGUGGACCACCGAUAUCCCGCUGCGUCCUGGGACCUCUUCAAGAACGGGCAGAAGCUUGGAGACGAGGGGACCAUGGCUGAGAGCGAUGUCAAGGACGGCGACAUUCUCCAACUUGUCCUUAAGUCAGAGGGGGCACCCAAGCAGACAAAACCACCAAAGAAAGGUGAGCCCUUCGGCGAGACAGACACUGAGACCCCUCAGCCCUGUUGUCCGUCUGUCUGUGUAUGUGCAGAAGAGAUAGAGUUACACGUCCACACCCUCGACGAGAAGCAGCCAAUCCUUUUGAAGGUCGUGCCAUCCGACACCAUCCGCCAAAUCAAGGAAAAGAUCCACAAGAAGGACAACCGCUUCAUGCCCGACGACAUCGACCUGAUGCUCAAAAGAGACGACGCCUUCUUCAAAGGAUUCAAGACCCUGAACGACGACACCACCGUCCCGCAAGACAUGAUCCGGCAGCAGCGCGCCGACCUCUGGCUGAGCUACAAGCCGAGGAAGAGAGCGAAGAAGAAGGCGGCGAAACCCAUCAGGAGGAGCCAGAGCAUGACAGACUGAGAGGACUGAGUGCAUAGGUGAUGGAUGAGCCACGGACAGACAAUCCCUGCAACGAUCCCGAGAGUGAGAGAGACAGGCCUGGCCUGCCUUUGCUUGAUCUUGAACGAAAUGAGUGGGACAAAACAUGUACUGUAUGCGCC